UCAUAUUUGCAAUACACCGCCAGGUGGUUUUACUGAUAUAACACAGCAGCGCGCAUUAUACGCGCUCAAAUUGUAACCUUAGUACCUAUUUAACUACGACACCAAGAAGUGUGAAAGGGGAUACCGGUUUUUAAGACAGAUUUCUAUUUUAUCCUCUUACUUGUUUUUUAAAAAACAUCUGUCUUUUUCUUCCUUUUGUCACAUGGAGCAAAGCGGAGCGCUAUGCAUACCUGCCAGAGAUUAUAACGACAAGCAAACGCGCUCUUGAGUGGAAAGGUGGUUCCUUUAAGGACUUGGCCACUGUUGAAUAGACGAGACAGUUUUGAAUGAUCGGACCUAUUUGGUUUGAGUUAUCAUCUGGAACUCUGCUUCAAAACUGGGAUCUAUGAGCGGGAAAGCAUUGCUCAAGACUAAAGAAGACAAGGAUGCAACCAAGGUAUUUACAGUUCAAGAUGGCAAGGAGUACAUUCUCUUGCGGGAGGAGUCAAGUCAGUCUUUUGCAGUAGAUCAGAAAGAAAACUCUCCAUUUCAUAAUAAAUGUCAGGAACUCUUUUGCUGUCCGUUUUGGAACUUCUUCAUUCUAAAGAAAAAAGAGAAUAUUGAAGAGCCCCAGCUCAAGGGGAUCGUCACCAAGCUCUACAGUCGUCAAGGUUUUCAUCUUCAACUACAGGCUGAUGGGACCAUUGACAGUACAAAGGAGGAAGAUAACAAUUAUGCUAUUUUCAACCUCAUCCCUGUUGGGCUACGGGUGGUGGCCAUACAGGGUGUCCAGACAAAGCUCUACCUGGCCAUGAACAAUGAAGGCUACCUGUACACCUCUGAGCACUUCACGCCAGAGUGCAAAUUUAAAGAGUCCGUGUUUGAGAACUAUUACGUGACCUACUCGUCAAUGAUCUAUAGGCAGCAGCAGUCAGGCCGAGCCUGGUACCUGGGUCUCAACAAAGAAGGUCAAAUCAUGAAGGGCAACCACGUAAAGAAGACCAAGCCGGCUGCCCACUUCAUCCCCAAACCUCUCAAAGUUGCUAUGUACAGAGAGCCGUCACUCCACGAUCUGACCGAGUCGUCGCGCUCGGGAAGCGGCACCCCGACCAAGAGCCGGAGCGCCUCGGCCAUGCUCAACGGCGGCAAGACUUUGAGCCAGCACGGGUCAACAUAACCGCCGGGCACAACUGCGAUCUGCUGCUGAAUGGCUGCUGGACUCUACCACCAACUUAACAGCACAAAUGUGUUUACAAGAGUGCGGCGAAACCCUUAACUGGUCGCUAGCAAGUGUUUGCUGAAAUCACUGUGAUGAGAACUCAAUUGUGAAAUCUUUCCAAGAAAAUCUACACUGUACAAUCUUCUGCAGGUCAACAUUGUGACAAACAAAUCAAGCCAUCUAACUGACGUGGGGAUCUGCGUUUGUGGGCAAUCCCCGUUUCCAUGUGUAGCAUACAGAGCUGUCGGUCUUCUCCACCAGGAACUUCUAGAACAAUACUUUUGUGUUUUGCUCCAUUUUUUCCUAGGGAUGCUAACUCAGUAGUGCAGAGUCAGCUUCAACAUGAUAAGAGCAGCUUGUGAUACCCAUUUGAAACAGAAGCCCAAAGGUUUAAGACAUGUUAUAAAAGUCUUUCAACCUUUUUGAUGCAGCGGUUCAUUGUUGUGUGCCACUUAGGCGAAAGGUGAUGGCUCUCGCUUUUUUUUGUAGCUAUCCAACACACAGUUUUGCCAAUUAAACAGAUUGAGGGUUUGGUCUGUCUGCACACCAAAGAUGUCAUAAGUCUGUUGUGAAUUGUUCAGGGGAAAGAUCAUUUGUGUCAUGUCGGCUUUCUCAGCCAAACGGUUGAGAAACCGAAAGAAUGAAUGUCACAUAGGAGUAUUUGAAGGCUAUUAUUUUAUUGUCCUUGCUUUUCAUGUGUGUGUGCGUUUUGUCUGACUUCUCUUCUAAUUUUGGAAAGCAGGAGAAAAACUCAAAUCUAAAUUAUUAAUAUAGUAUAAAUCCUGUAAUAUUUUUGUCCCCCAGGCCUUUGCUGUUUUUUUGUAAAGAAAACUGUAAUAAAACCAAGCAAGAAAACCCAUCCAUCGCUUCAACAGGGCUAAAUGAGCAUCAGUAAAUCACUCAUGGAUGAACAUUUAUUUCUGUUGAAUCCUAUUUUAUAGUCCUCAUUGGUCAGGCAGCAACCCUUGGUUAUAAUUUUCUUAAUUUUGUUGGUGCAUAUUUAAUGCAUGGAGGAAAGUGGACGCUGCAUGUUGUGUGGCUACGUAUAUUAACUAUUAAUAUGGAACCAUGUGAUUAAAUAGAUACUGGAGUAAAAUACUAAUGUAUAUAUAUACUGUAUAUAUAUAUGCAUUUUAUCCUGCUACCUGCCCGUUUAUUAUUUGUUGUACAUUUAAGAAGCUGCACUAAAUAAAAUGUUUUGUAUGUUCAGA